GGGCUGGGCAAGUCCGGGGGAUGCUUGCCAGGGCGUCAGUGCGGGACUGACAGAUCCGCGGGGCUGUGGGGCCGGGGCCAGCCCGCGCACCUUCGUCGGGAGGAAGCGAGGUCCCCGGGAGGAAGGAAUUGCUUUGGUCUCCCCAGUCUGGUUUGCACGAAAAGAAUGCAGCCAUCUGGCGGCUUGCGGUCCCUGGAUUUGCCCCCAAGGCUGGCACUGGGCAAGGAUUAGACACUGACUCGGACGGCUCGGGCUGGUGUUCUUGGACACCACUGACAGCGCGGCUCUGACUGUUUCCUGACAAUGGACGGCGACAGUUCCACAACGGAUGCCUCCCAGCUCGGGAUCUCUGCAGACUACAUAGGGGGCAGUCACUACGUCAUACAGCCUCACGAUGAUACUGAGGACAGCAUGAAUGACCAUGAAGACACAAAUGGUUCAAAAGAAAGUUUCAGAGAACAAGACAUAUAUCUCCCAAUAGCAAAUGUGGCAAGGAUAAUGAAAAACGCCAUCCCUCAGACGGGAAAGAUUGCAAAAGAUGCCAAAGAAUGUGUUCAAGAAUGUGUAAGUGAGUUCAUCAGCUUUAUAACAUCCGAAGCAAGUGAAAGAUGCCAUCAAGAGAAACGGAAGACAAUCAAUGGAGAAGAUAUUCUUUUCGCCAUGUCUACCUUAGGCUUUGACAGUUACGUAGAACCUCUAAAAUUAUACCUUCAGAAAUUCAGAGAGGCAAUGAAAGGAGAGAAAGGAAUUGGUGGGGCAGUCACAGCUGCAGACGGACUAAGUGAAGAGCUAACAGAGGAGGCAUUUACUAACCAGUUACCAGCUGGCUUAAUAACUGCUGAUGGUCAACAACAAAAUGUUAUGGUUUACACAACAUCAUAUCAACAGAUUCCUGGUGUUCAACAAAUUCAGUUUUCAUGAUCGGAAGAAAUGGUGGAGUGGGAAGUACCGAGAAGCAAGGGAGUCUGUCUGAUUCCCAAGCAGAGACAUUGGAAGGAAAGGACUGGUGAAAUGAUGUCUCUUUGUAUAUUAAAUAGCUGUAAUGUAGCUUCCUGAUGCUUGACUAAUUGAGGUGUUAAUUCUGACUUGAGAAUCUUUUUCAUGAAUGAUUUUAAAGAAAAAUUUGGAUUUUAAAGGUAUUGAAAUAUUUUUGUUUUGUACGAGAGUUUGUUGCUCUGUAUGACUCCUGUAUGCAUUGUAUAUUGCAAUUUAUUACUGUCAGAUUUGUAGACAGUUUCUUAUUUUCAUAUUGAAUCAUGUUACUUUUGUAAUUCAAGUAAGCAGCUGGGUUAAUCCAUGAUGUUUACCCUUUAAAUAAAAUAUAAGGAUAAGGGUAGAGUUCAUUUUGAAUGCAAGUUGCCUUUAUUAUAAAUUUGAGUUUGUCUUGGUUAUAUAUCUUGCAUGAUAACCUAGCUAGAUUUUUAGCAUUUGCCAUAUUUAUUAAAAUUAAUUUUUUGUAAAACAUAGCUUAAGCAGCACCAUUUUUAAAAAAAUGUAAUUGAAAAAAUAAGUGUGAAUGCAGAAGCAAUUAUUGUCUGCCCUAUUAAAAUUGGUGCCCAUUAACAGUGUUUACACUGUUCAUUGUGCCUGUUAAGAUAAUUUUAGCUUAUCGGAACUUCUGUUAAGGCUAGAUUUGUUUAUUAUGAGUGUUGGAAUUCAUUUCAGUUUAAUGUAGUCCUACUGCUCUUGAAAUGGUGCCCCUUUCACUUUGCAUAUGAUUUUUCCAAAACAUAUCUUUGAACAUCAUAGUAUCCCUCUUUCAGAAGAGGAAUUUUGUAGUCUGAUGAUAAAUGUCCUUAUUUUACCUUUUUAAUUGAAAUGUCGUUUCCUAUUAUACUAUGGAAACCAAAAAAACAUCAGACAUCAUUAUGUGUAUACCGAUUUUUUUGCAUGGGUGAGUGAAUGAAAUGAAGAAUUGAGUGAGUGCUGUGAAUGGUGGGAAACAGAAGCUGCCAACUUCUAGUGUGCUGUCUUGUUAUUUGCAAUAAACUAAACUUAGAUAAUGUAACUUUGUAUAAUUUAGUAGUAUGUACUUGGGUUCCUCUUUUUUUAAAGUGAGGAUUUGUAUUUUUUCAGUUAACCUGAGUGUGGUUCCUUUUAUAUAUGUAUUUCAAUGAUUACUUAUUGUGUAGUCUGCCUUUAGGGAGACAGUUUGAGUGAACUUCAUCUGGGUAGGACACAUUUACAAGGUAGAAGCGCUUUCCCAGAUGUAGGCUGAAGGGACACAUUUAAUUUGGCAGAAGGCGCCUUUGGGGGUGUAUUUGGGCUAACUAAGGUUAAUAAUAACUCCCUUACUACCCCUCCCAUUUAAAAAAUAAUCUUUAUCACAGAGAAUUCAAAUAAGCAAAAGGGAAGAAGUUAAAAUCAACAAUCAUCCUACAUGUUGAAAGAACCAAUUGUUUUGAUACUGUUUUUCCUUUUACUUUGCUAAAUAUGUAUAUUUUUAUAAAAAUAGGCUCAUAUUUGCAUAGUUUCAUAACCUGCCUUUUUUGCUGAAUAUAUUGUGAACAUCUUUUCCAGGUCUUUAGUCUUCCAUUUUUAUUCCUCUGUUAUUCUAUCAUAUGGCUGAAGCAUAAUUUAUUUAAUCCUCUGUAGGACAUUUUGACUAUAUACAUAUCUUUUCAUGGUGAUAACUAAUAAUUCACUGAAUUUUGUGUACAUCCAUGACUGUUUCCUUAAAAUAAUUUCUUAGAAUUGUUGGGUUAACAGAUAUGCAAAAUUUUUAGGCUUUUGAUACUUAACAUAGAAGUGUAUUUUUUGAAAUAUCUCCCGUUUGAUCCAGGCAGCAUGUCACUAUAUAACUGAUAAAAACCAA